AUGCAAAUCUCGAUCAUUUGGGAUGUCGUCCUAAUCGGCAGCUGCAGUGGACUGACGGUGUUGUCGCUGCGUGGCAACAGGUUGCGCCACGUGCCGCAGGAGCUGGGUCACGUGUCUCAGCUUCGCGUCGUCAACCUGAGCGAGAAUCAGCUGCAGAGUCUUCCAAUCAGCCUCGUCAAGCUGAAGCAACUCGACGCACUAUGGCUGUCCGACAACCAGGUGCUCCCAAACUCGGAGGGCCAUGCUGAUGUUUCGACAGCUAUCCAGGAGACAAGCCCUCUGCAGGCAAACAUUGCUGCUGAUGGAAAGGUCAGAGAGGCCAAGGUCACCAAGCCAAGGUCACCCACCACACAGGACCGGCAUGAGCGCCACCUGUUGUACAGGUUCGAUAAGGAAAAGCAGGCCAGGGAUAAGGCUCGCAUGAAGAAGCAGGGCGAUACCACUGCUGCUGCCAAGCCAGUGAAGCCUAUCAACGUGAAAAAGCCUGCGCCAUUCAGCAGUAACCGUGGCGAUGGGCAGGAAGACAUUAUCUACCAGAGGGCUGAGCCAGUGUCGCCCAACAGCACCGCCAAUCUCGUCCGUGAGGCUCGGUUUAUCAAGUACUUGGGACUCGGCGAGCUGAAGCGAAUGCGUAACCACAGGGGGGCGCCACCGCGUGCUUCUGAGCACGGAUACAAGAGCGAUCACGAACUCUAUCAGCGGGGCGAACGUCAUCCUGCGAUGAGAGCUGGCUAUGCGAGUGACUGGGAGGUGGCCAUGUUGCGGCGCAGCGGUGACCCGCUAGCUGCCGGCUACCUCAGCGACACGGACGAAGCAAGGCAGCAACAUGUGCAGCAGUCCUACCAGCCCGGUUUCCUACCACCUGUGGGAGUAGUUGGCAGCAUGCCCGAGUUCAUCAGCCGGCCGAAACCGCUGGGUCUUGAUGGCAGGACCCUGAUGACGCCUGACGAACGUGACACUGAUAUAACUGACAACAUUCGGCGCAUACAGGGUAAUUUGAUGCAUUUCCAUGACAACAAGACGUACAAGUCCAUCAGUGAACCGGCCAUGUUGGGAGAGGGGCCAGAUGCGCACUCAUCCCCCUUCCCUCUGCGCAGAGGUGAUGGCAUGGAGAGCAACGCACAUGACUCCGCCUCGAGCAAGGAGAAGCACGUUUCUGCCCACGAUAGUGCUGACGGUGGCAGGCGUGGUAAGUUUGCUAACGUGCCUGACAUUGCGAUGAAUGUAAAGCCCGGUAUCGCCCUCUGCCGCACCGUGCACAAGUCCGAGUGGAGGAGAGAGCUGGAGAGAAAGGAGAAGGAGAGACAGAUUGCUCUGUUGAAUCCGUACCACGUGAACACUGGCAGUGAGGUGACGCCCCCCUACCCUAAGCUCCCCCCUUACCGCCCACUGACGAGUCACAAGUCAGCUUCUGUGUCGUCAGGGUCAUCAUCGGAGAGCAGGCGUCCACCGGGUCUUCCCAUCUCGCCGCGUUCCAAAGCUCAGCGUGCGCGUCACUCACCUGCACGCUCCUCCCACCGCUCACCUGUAGGCUCUCCCCUCGCGUCGGUCAGUGGCCACGGUGAGCAGCGACACUUCUUCAGCGACGAGCCGAUGCCGAGGGCGCCACCGUGCUCAUCGCUCGACCGCAGCGACUCGGGAGGGCGCAAACCCUGGGAGCUGUCGUCGGCGCCGAUGGCCGGCAUCGCGCGCGACCUUCCCGACGGCAAGUCGGUCGACCUCGACUCGCUGUCGGAGAUCUACGUCGCGGACGACGCGGGCCUGACGAAGCACCAGCACGAGCUGACGGUGCGCGGUCCGAGCGUCUCGUCCGACGGCUACUCGCCGCGCGCCUCCGUCAACUCGUCCGUGUCGCAGCACAACGACAGCAGCCAGCUGUCGUCAGGGGACCCGUCCCCGAUGCCUGGCCGCGGCGGCGGUGGUGGCGGCAGGGGACGCUCGGCCGGCGGUCAGCGCGCGCACGACAGCAGUUUGUCGUUGUCCGGCGAGCUGUCGCCACGGCGACGCUCGGACGGCGGCCGCUUCUCGUCCGCGAGCAACUCGCUGAACUGCAGCCGCGAUUCGAGCGGUCAAGCGGCCGCGACGACCAAUCGGGCGGCUGCGGCGAGCGGUCAAGCGUUCACGGCGACGAAUUGGGCGGUGACCGGUCAGGCGGGUGCGGCCGCAGGUCAUGUGAGCUCGUCAACCAAUCAGGUGGGCCGUAUGGCGACGGCUGACGACCGGACGAGUCGUUCGCCGACGCGGCGCGCUCACCAGCCGGGCAAGCUUGACGCAUCUCCCAGCAGGAGGCGCUCCUGGACGUCGCUGCUGACCGAAGACGAUGCGACGCCGAGCGCGAAACCGAAUCGUCCGCUGCGGUGCCCCCAGGGGGCGCUGACGACUGUGCGCUCGGCAUUCGUGCCCUCGACGCGCGGCCCUCCCUCCCGGACGACCUCCUCCCCUCUCUGCGCCGCGCCGCCUUCCUCCCCCGCCUCCAACGUGAACUCUCCCACGGUUUUCGCUAGUGCGCGGCGAGGCGACGCGGAGGAGGCUGCGCAACGCGAGGUUUCCACGGCAACGCCGCACAACAGGAUUCGUGCGGCGACGGAUCAGGACGUGCAGAGAUACCGCUCCGACGAGAAUCACAACGAACGGAAGCCUAAUGGUCAGCUCGUUAGUGCCAAUAACAAUAACAACAACAACAAGAACAAUGUCGAUCGAAAAUCCGACAUUCCGUUUAUCGACAGUAGUGACGAGAGCGCCGGCGAUGGCGACGCACGCCACCAGGUGGUGCCACCUCAUGCCGAAGAGAAUGGCAAGAGCCAGCUGGACUGUCAUCCCGGCUACAGAGAGCAGUGGGCGUCGUCGACGGUGGCGCCACCACCCGUACCGCAGUCGUCGUCCUCUCUGCCCGCCACGUCGUUCUCCAGCUUCCACCAGGUGGCGCCGCCGCUAGAGCCGCAGUACGGAGGAUCAGGUCGUAGCUUACCACCGAUGCCGCCGGCUCACCGCUCUCCACCUACAGUGCCACCGAAACCCACGCACCUACAGCACACCUCUUACAGGGGCGGCUGCGGCGGCGGCAGCGGCUGCGGCGGCGAGGGCCAGGCGUUCCUGGGACCCAUGCUGUACCAGAACGACACCUACGAUGACAUCGACGACUACCCGUCCGCUGCGGCAGGCGGCGGUCCGCAGACCGGCGAGGCGUCCAGGCGAUGGUCCUCACGCCCGCAGACCGCGGACGGUGGUGCGAACGCCGGUCCGCAAGGUCAGCCGUCAGGUCAGCGGGGUCAGCCGUCAUUCAGCACGGCCGCGUCCCAUGCGUCUGCGGUGCUCCCUCCGAUGCAGCAUGACCGCGCGAUGCACGUGCUGCCAUCUAGGCACGGUGAGGCCGGGAUGCCGGCGGGUCCUGCGGACCGGCAGCCGACGCAGAAUGUGGCACCAGCUAUGGGGAGGUCAGCAAACCAAUCCACACCUCACUGGAACCAACGACAAAUGCAGAUGGCGCCAGGCUUCAUUGCUCCGCAAACGCACGCUGUUAAUGGGUGGAGUGGUCAUCAAGCUACGGCCAGCAAGAGCGAGAACGACUUGCAAUGGUUCCAGGUAUUGAUAUUGAAGAACCCUGGGCUAGGCUUCAGCAUCUGUGGCGGGGUGGACUCUGUGGGAAAUCCCUUCCGACCGAAUGACACGGGUAUCUUCGUCACAAAGGUGCAAACUGGAGGGCCAGCUGACAUGAUCCUUAGCUGUGGAGACAAAAUUCUACAGCUCAACAGCAUGGACAUGACUGCGGUUACACAUGACGAGGCUGUCUCACGCCUCAAGAGGAGCGGUCCCAGUGUCUCACUCCUCAUCGAGAGACUCCGCUGACCAUCGGACGGUGCCUCGAUGCUACCACUACGAUGAUUCCGGCCGUAUACCGCGCGUAACGAUUGCCGUCCUGAUCAAAAAGUGUAGAUGAUGGACUGAAUAGGAAUCUUAUUCUUUGGCAGCUUGGCUCGCGCACACGCAGAAAUGCACGUACUCGUGGACGUGUGCACAUGCUCUCUUGUUUGAGAUCAUAUUUACCAAGAAUGAAUGUAUACGCACUUGUGCAUCUGCUAAGUGGUAAACGUUGUUUAUAGAUCUGCGUUUUUGUCCCAUUGGAUUUUUACUAGGCGUUUACAUUAUCACUGCAUACGAAUAUGGAAUAUAAGUCUCAAGCAAUGCCCCAAUCACAGAGAAAUAAUGAAUAAAAAAUUGAAUGCAGUGGAAUUAGCACAUUUAUACAGUUUAUAUACUAAUGUUUUAUAUUAGUUUCAUGUAUUAGAAAAGUUUCUACAUUUAUUAUCUUUUUAUGCAUCGAUAUGAGGAAAUAUUUUCAUACGUGAGUAGCCAAUUAUUCGCUGUAUACGGUGAGAUAUGGUUCGUAUUUGCCUCGUGGUAACGAAAUAUGUUUAUUUAUGGAAACACCUUUGUCGAGUUGUACUCUACAGCAAACACUUUUAACAAGUCUCGAGCAAAUACCGUCACAGCACCAAUCUUCGAUUUUCUGUAGACAGUUUUGUGGUAGGAAUAAAUAUGUAAAGGCCACAAAUAGGCAAUGACAGUGUAAGACAUAUAUAAAGGUCAGUGUCGCCAUAAGGAGAACAGCAUGAACAGAGGGGUAGCAUGAGUGUAGGAAGUAGAGGCGAUCGACAGAGCGAGUUAGUUUGUGCUGAUGGAGAUGAGCAAUUUACAUAUAGAGAUACAUACGUAUAGUUACAUAUAGACAGGAUAUAGACAAUAACAGAUUAUAACACAAUUUGAUGCUGCGCUAGGGUUCCACAGCUGGUAAUGAAUAGUGCAUCGUUACCAGGAGCCAUAACUCAUAGUCAGAAUGCUGCAUUCUUUUGUUAAGAUUUCUAUCUGAAAGAUCUUUAUAAUGUCAAUAUUUGCAUCUAGUGUCUUUUAACACAGGAAACGGUUUUUUUAUUUUUGUAUAUGCACAUGGGGACGUUUUAUAGUGUUCUUGACGUUUAGCUUACAUUACAUUUAGCAUGGAUGAGGGAGCGUUUGUUAAACACCAUAUCAAAUAAAUGAAUUUUACAUUUUA